AUGGAUAAGAUACUUCAAACUGGGCUCUCAGCCGGUAAUUAUGGCUGCAACGUCGGGCAGCUGGGUUUGCACUCUAGCAAGCCCGUCCUCCCGGACCGAAGGUACGAUGGAAAGCAUCUGUUUCCCCAAUCGUUUUGCCCUGACGCCCGAGCUCGUUGUUCCAAGCCAACCAAGAGUGGCAAGCCUAUCCAGAUGUCUUACAUCUCUAUCGGUGCUUGGUCAUGGGGUGACUCUGCGACCUGGCAUUGGAGACCAGAAGAACUCCUCGCAGUCAAAAAGCCUUGGGAGUACUUAUAUGACGAUGAUAUAAACUUUAUUAACACUGCUAAGGCCUAUAGCAAUGGGAAGAGCGAGGAGAUUGUGGAUGAGCUCGUCAAUGGCCUUCCGCGAGACUCCUUCGUCGUUCAAACCAAACAGCUUGGUCUCCCCGUCGCGCUAACAAAUCUCUUCAGCUCCUCGGAGGCCCCCUUCAAAGCACUGGAGACAAUGGUAAAGCGCGUGAAGUUACAGUACACCAUGUCAGCCGUUGCCAAGGGCCUCACGAAGUGCGUCGAUCAAGGGCUGACACGCACCGUUGGUGUUGCCAAUUACUCUCUGUAUGACUUCAAGCGAAUGCGCGAGGAACUCGCCAAGUACGAUAUUCCGCUCAUAAUCAAUCAGUGCGAGUUUAAUAUCCUGGGCCGAUUACCCGAGCUCGAUGAGGACAUGACCACUUACAGGGAGAUGGAGGUUCAAUUCCAAUCCUACUCGUCGCUUGCACAAGGAAGGUUGACGGGGAAAUACAACGCAGAGCAUUCGCCACCGUCAGUGCUCGAGAAUAUCGGAAUGAAAAGACGAAAGAAACCGGCGGCAGUUGCUCUCAAAUAUAACUUGAGCAAGGGGGCAGUACCCAUUGUGGGUAUUCGUAAUAUAGAGCAAACCGAACAGGCGUUUGAGGCAUUUGGAUGGAGGAUUACUGAGGACGAGGUUAAAAUGAUUGACCAACACAGUUUUAUUGGUGAGAAAACGAUGCUCUGGCAGCAGGGGUAA